ACACACACACACACACACACACACACACACACACACACACACACACACACACACACACCGCAUACACGGAAGAAGCGCACACACACUUCUUAUUUCUCUUACAUGCUUUUAAGAGCUGGAGACAAAGAAAGAAAUACAGCAUGAGCAACAGCGCUCCUGAAGUGAUGGCAGCAGCUGCAUAGAAGAACAGAGCAAUAAACUAGGCUGCAGCUUCGCCUCAUUAUGGCGCUGUGGAUGCAGAUUUCCCAGAAGCUCCCUUAUUUUCCCAAUGAGACCCUGGUGGAGCUCUACCCAUCAAAUUCUUUCCCCAUAGAUGUCAGACACUACCUGGCCAGCUGGAUCGAGGAGCAGAGAUGGGAGGACUUCAAUGUGGAAAACCGAGAGCAGGAACCACAAGCUCGCCAGCUGCUGGAGCGAAUGCUGGAGCUGUUGCAGGAAGUGGCGUUCCAAAACCCCAAUGUGGUGGAGAAGGUCAAGCUCCAGCACAUCAGCAGGAACAUGGCCUCUUUUCAGACACGGGCUUUGGAACUGGUGAAGAUAGUGAGAAAUAUUCUGAGGAAAGAGAGACACUUGCUUCAACAGGUAGGCCAAUCCUCUUUCUUGGGCAAAAUCACAUGUGCUUUUAUUAGAUGUCAGACUAGAGACAUUUCACAGCAGAUAUCUUCCUCUUUUCAGCCUGUUCAGAUCUUUCAACAAAUGCCUGCACCGCCUGUAAACGGUACCCCACAGCACUCCAGACAAGCCAGCAGCAAUGACGUGGACAACCUGGUGAUGAAGGUAUUGGAGAUUCAGAGCUGCCGUCAGCAAAUCCACCAACUUCAGGAAGAGCUGAACUGGGAGAAGCAAGAGGCAGAUCCCAUGCAGGGUCCGAAUGAGAUGGAGGUCAAACAGCUCGAUCAGGUCAACAAACAGAAGCGCAUAGCACAGCUGGAGUGGAAAUAUAAAAACUUAACGAAGUCACGUCUACAACUGCUGCAGGAGGCAGUGUGUAAUCUGGAGCAAUGUCAAACUCGUCUCAUCCACCGUAUAAAGUCUUGGCGCUGGGAGCAGCUCCGCUCCACCAUUGGACGCAGCUUCGAUGAAAAUCUCCUCCCUUUACAGACAUGGUGUGAACAGCUGCUUGGUGUCAAUGGAAAUUUGAGACAGGAGCUGAUGUUGGUGAAAAGGGAGCACGGAAGUGGCGAACAAAUUCACAAGCUGGAAGAAAGUCUGAACCAUCUUCUGCAGACUCUCAUCCAAAGUUCCUUGGUGGUGGAGAAACAGCCCCCUCAAGUGAUUAAGACCCAGUCCAAGUUCUCCAGCACUGUGCGCUAUCUUCUGGGGGAGAAAGUGGCUCCUGGGAAGCCGGUGCUCCUGAAGGCACAGACCAUCACCGAGUCACAAGCCAGAAACAUUGGACAAGGCCUUAUACCGACCGAGAACGUAGGAGACCUGAUUAACAGCACCGCCAUCUUAGAACACAACACAACUAGCAAGAGCACAUGUGCGACUUUCAGGAAUAUGUCCAUCAGGAAGAUCAAGCGGGCAGACAGGAAGGGCUCGGAGUCGGUAACGGAGGAGAAGUUUGCUUUGCUUUUCACUACAGAGAUAACCAUCACAGGCUGCGACAGUCCUUACAGUGUCCAGGUGAUCUCGCUUCCUGUUGUUGUAAUCGUACACGGCAGUCAGGAGAACAACGCUAUGGCCACCAUCAUCUGGGACUGUGCGUUCUCUGAACCUAACAGGAUCCCGUUCGUGGUGCCUGAUCGAGUGUCCUGGAGUCAGAUGUCUGAGGCUCUGAGCUGUAAGUUCAUGUCUGAGGUUCAGACCACACACUCAUUAGACAGAGUCAACUUGCACUGCCUCGCUCAAAAGAUCUUCGACAAGCCCGAUAACUCGGAGGACUUCAGCACUGCACCGGUUUCCUGGGCUCAGUUCAACAAGGAAGUUCUGCCUGGGCGAAACUUCACCUUCUGGCAGUGGUUUGAGGGUGUGAUUGAUCUGACCAAAAAAUGCCUAAAGGCCUACUGGAGUGAUGGACUCAUCCUGGGCUUUAUUGGGAAGCAACACCUUCAUGUCAUUUUGCAGAACCAACCCAUCGGCACGUUUCUGCUGCGCUUCAGUGACUCUGAAAUCGGAGGCAUCACCAUCGCCUAUGUUGGCCUCAGUGAAUCUGGAUGCAGGAAAAUCCAGAACAUCCAACCAUUCACCAAAAAAGACCUGGACUCCGUCGGCCUUGGCGAUCGGAUUCGGGACAUCAGUCUGAUCUCACAAGUAUAUUCACACGGACCGGGACAAUCUCCACGAUUAACACCAAAAAAUGAAGCAUUUAAGAAAUAUUACACCGUUCCAUCUGCACCUCACCCGGACGGAUACCUGCCGUUCAAGCUCACCACAGUGGUGGGAGAGGAACCCGGAACUGUCAUGAUACCUCAGGCUGAACCAAUGCAGGACCAGUUCUGCGUGCCCCAGGAAAUGUUUAAUAUGCGGACUCCCGUCUCUCUCCCGCCGACUCCGUUUGCACCUUCGUAUCCGGAUAGCCCCAUGCCCAGCCAAGGAGAAAUGUACCCUACUCUCCUCUACAGCAAUAACAUGACUCCAGAAGCAUCAAGUAACAUGGAGCUGGAGGAAAUUCUGUCUGAUUUGAACACUCAGUUAUGAUACGAAAGACUGCAGCCUGCAGCAGAAGCCCUGCACAGAUCCAGAAGCAGAGCAUUACAUGCAAAAACACACGCUAACAUGCUUUGGGGCAUAGGAUGAAUUAGUGAGCUCCUUGGGGACGUCUUUGUUUGUAUUAAGGUAUCCAGUGGCCUGAUACACUAAGGAUGUACAGAACAGUGCACACUUUAGCCUGAACUUUACUUAUCAUAGCUGUGAUAUUUAAGAUUGGGUUAUACUUGCAGGCUUAAAGGCACGGUGAAGAUGAAAUUUUCCUUAAAAUCACGAAUAAAUAUAUUACACGAUAAAUAAAUUUGUCUUAACAGUAGCUGAUGUGGAAGUGCAUAAUGAGACCUACUGGCCAGCGGUGUGACUUCUACAUGAAAACUCAGAAUAUUACUUAUGAGUACCUUUAAGCCUGUAAAUGGUGUGAUGGUAAAAACACAAAGACAGUCUUUGUAUGCUUCCUUUUUUUUUUUUUUUUUUUUUUUUUUUGCCUAACAGGAAAGAAAUUACAUGUACUCAGCUCAGCUUGCACCGUUUCUGACUCAUGCCAAAAUCACUUAAAGCCACAGUGAGGAAUGGAGUCAUCUUUCAUAUUGUUUACAAAAAAAAAAAGGGCUCAAUCAGAAUUUGUAUUUCCCUGGCGUUCAGUUUUCCACCUAGUCUAAACCACAUCUCAGACAGAGACUAAUGCUGGUUACGGACCGAUCCGGAGUGAUCAGGAAAAAAUACGAUUAGUACUGAAGGGCUGCGUGCAUUUAAACUCGAUAAGACUCUAAAAAUAAUUGCAAAGUAUUAACAGGGUUUACUGGGAAUUGUGCUGUUCAUGUGAGCAAAAUAUCAAGUGUUGCCAGUUUUACACGUUUUACACGUCUUAAUGAAUAUGUAAUGAACGAGAAUUUAUUCUCAACAAUUCUUAAUAUACUGAUAUUUAUGGCACACGAGGUAAUCAUGUAUCCUCAUACUUACAGGGUUUCUAUAAAUGAACUUUCCCCAAUCCGGAAAAUAUCUAAAAUCGCAUUUUCACCUGUAUGAAAUAAACCUGCUAAAUUUGUUGACUUUUUAUGGUUUUGUUUUAAUCAGUCAAUUAGGAUCAUGUAGUAAUGAUGUAAAAUAAUGUAGUAAUAAUAAUUGUCAGGAUUUUAAAGCUUUUAAUCACGGUCUUUUAAAGUAAACAUCAGAGAACUAGCUAUACUUUAUAUAAUUUAUAUAUAUAAAUAAGAAAUUAUAUAUAAUUUCCUUUUAUUUUUUAUUAUUAUUAUUAUUAUUUUCCCACAAAGUGCACACGCAGUUGAUUCGGAAGUAAAUCAGUUGUAAUUUAAUAAUAAUAAUAAUAAUAAUAAUAAAUUGCCAGUACAUAAAUACAAAACAUUUCUCAAUCAAUCAAAAUUUAUUUGUAUAGCACUUUCAACACCAUAACAAUGGACCAAAGUGCUUUUCAUGGUAAAAAAUCAUUAUAUAAGUCAUAAAAAGUAUAAUCAUAAAACACAUCUAACAAUAAAAUAAAAGUACAAAAAAUACCAUACACAGUAACUCGGGAAAACAUACCAUUUCUGUUUAUGAACAUCAGAAAAAUCAGUGUUUGUCUUCCACUUGACUUAUUUAAAAUUCCUGGCUGUGGCUUUAAGCAAGCAUUCAUUCAUUUCUUUUCACUUCAUGUCUGUUCCUCUUUGGCAUGGAUGUGCCAUGUCAUAGUAAAAGGGCUUUCUUUGGGUUUCACAUUGAAAGAGCAGCUAAGCAGCUUGAUCCUAACUGGUGCUCAGAGGCACAUAUAUACAGUCAGAUAUAUUGUGAUGUUGGUGCUUCUGGAAUGGUUUUAAAGCCAGUGACGCCAAGGUUUAUCUGAUGGUCUGGGAAAACCCUUCAGGUGUUUGGAAAUCAGACAGAAAUGACAGCUAAAUUUCUGCCGAUAAUAUACUUCGAGGUGAAAGCAACGAGUAUUUUUUUUUUUUUUACCAAGAAAGCAAUGGGGAAAUGUUUAUUUCAUCCUUGUCUUAGUGUCUGCUUGACAAGAUCGUUCAGGAUCGGUUAGGAAUCAGUUGUGAAUGCAGUCGGUCUGGUAAACAUGUCUAAAAGCCUGCUAGGUAUGUGUCAUUUCUUCAAACAGCUAUUAUAUACGGUAGCUUCAGGACAUAAGAUGAAUCAGACGUGAGCAUGAGCAGUUCGUUUUGUAAUCAGAUUCAGGCUGUAAAAAUGUCCGCGACACACCAUCGUUUGCGUGAUCAGAAAUCAGUCGAGUGGAGAGCUGAGGUUCGUGUUGUGAUUUUUAUCUCAGGUGAUGAAGCAGAGCCUGAUGUGGAUAAUAACAUGCCUACUGUCCCGUUGUAAACUUCGUAUUCUUUAUAAUGUGCCUGACAGAUUUCUAGAAGGAGACGAUCGUAUUCACUGCUCAGGGAACAACAGGACACGUGCAGGGAGGUGAAGCCGAGGAUUAACGUUUAACAUGAGUAGAAGUGAAGCUUGGAGAAAGAUCAUUAUCCUACCAGCGUCGCUUCUUUGCGCAGGAAAUGCGGGUGCUGAUUAAACAAAACGUAAACGCUCAGACGUUCAAAUCUGUUAACCAUAUAAAUAAACAGUCAGAGGAAUAUAUAAUAUACAUAUAUAUAAAAAUCACUGCACUUUCAUGCAUAUAAAAAUGGGAAUUCUUUAAGGGAUGGGUUCGGCUCGGUAAGCUCCGAUUUUUAAUAUCCUCAAUAAAGUUACAGCUUAUUGAAUAACUUCUGCCUACAGAAAGCCCAAAUGUUUGUCUGUUAUGUUGCUUAGCAAUCAGAGCUCCAGCCCAUAGAAGAGCAUUUAUACCAAAUAUGAUUAAUAAUGAACUACAUUUUUUUAGUAUAUUUGUCCUGUUUCCUAAAACUAUUUCAGUCCAUGAGCUCUGUUAACAGAACUACUCGUGUUCCAAUAUGCGAAGGGUUUUCUCCAGACCUCCACACACACACACACACACACACACACACACACACACACACACACACACACACACACACAUAUUGCAGGCAGUUCUGAAACUUCACUGUUUUUAAUUCAUCACCUUUGUUUAGUCAUCUCAUAAACACGGCUUUAAUUCCAGAUAGCAGUGUAAACUUCAACGCGGCUCCUGCACUCUGUCCUCUUUCAGUUUUUGAUCCCUUAAUUUCAUUCCUCUUCAGGAUUUAGUGUAAUAUUCAGUGUUCACAAACCUAAAGGUUCACUCAUAAUCAAAGUGACAGUAUACGAGCAGAUAGGUUAUCUAUGCAGUAGUACUAUACAAUGUAUCUGUAUUUAUAUCAUUCCUGUCUUUAUAAAGGGAUUUAUGCAAGAAAUGUUAAUAAGCUUGGACUUUCAUAGGUUCAUAGGUUAGACUCUUUAUAACCAAACUCUUUAAGGUGCAUGUUCUGUCUUAUACACAUACACGUGUUUCACAUUAAGGGGACCUUUAAUCAUAAUGCAGUGUUUUUACAUGUAGACUUUAGUUUGUCUUUUUUUUUCCCAAUCAUUAUUAAUAAAUCUGAAAUAAUCAGGUCUUUUCUGCCAUGAAAUGUGAUAUUGCCUUGUAAUAAUACUGCUUUUUUGUUGUUGUUUUUUUUUUUUGUAUAAUGUUCUUUUGUGCCAUGAGUGAGUUGUAAAGAGGAAAAGCAUGGAGGCAAAAUGAACUGCAAAUAAAUAUACAACGAGGCAA